UACGUCGCCUCGGAGAUCUCCAUUACGCUAGCAGCUAGCGUUGUAGGAGCUGCUCCGCAGACCAGCUAGCUCCAACGCUGCUUCCUCGCUUCGGGGAGGAAGAUUCUUGGGGAUCGUCUCAAUCGUCUCGCGUCUUCCACCGAGUCGUCGUUCUUUCGACAUCGCGGAGUUGCCCUGAGAUCCCAGGAGGCUCACUCACACCCACGCACAUCCUCCACGCCAUCUUCCGACCCCGACAUCUACCGCCGGCAAAUCCGCCCUCCAUGGCCUCCCGGAUUCUCAGCCGCGGUGUCCCGGAGACGACUCUGCGCUGUCGCGGACUCCGCGCUACCUGCCUAUGCGCCCACGGGAAGCCCUGCCGGCGCGUUCGGCGGCGUGCGGGUGGUUCGCGACGAGCCCGAGGAGAACGACGUGGGUGGGUGAUCGGCGGCGGGCCGGGCGGGUACGUGGCGGCUAUCAAAGCGGCGCAGCUCGGCAUGAAGGUCACGUGCGUCGAGAAGCGCGGCGCGGCGCUCGGCGGCACGUGCCUCAACGUGGGAUGGCAUUCCGUCCAAGGCCCUCUUGGAGUCGUCUCACAUGUACCACGAGGCGAAGCACUCGUUCGCGGCGCACGGCAUCAAGGUGGCCGGGGGUGGAGGUGGACCUGCCGGCCAUGAUGGCGCAGGAGAGCGCGGCCGUGGCGGGGCUGACCAAGGGUAUCGAGGGGCUGUUCAAGAAGAACAAGGUCACCUAUGUGAAGGGCCAUGGGAAGGUGGUGGGCCGCACGAGGUGGCCGUUGACCUGCUCGACUCGCCGGGGGAGACCAAGACCAUCGGCGCGCGGAACAUCAUUAUCGCCACGGGGUCGGACGUGCGGCCGCUGCCGGGGCUGCAGAUCGACGAGAAGAAGAUUGUGUCAUCCACGGGUGCGCUGAACCUGGACGCCGUGCCCAAGAAGCUCGUGGUGGUGGGCGGCGGGGUGAUCGGGCUGGAGCUGGGGUCGGUGUGGGGGCGGCUGGGCGCGCAGGUGACGGUGGUGGAGUUCAUGGACGGCAUCGGCGGGUACAUGGACAACGAGGUGCGCAGGGCGUUCCAGCGCACCCUGCAGAAGCAGGGCUUCAAGUUCAUGCUCUCCACCAAGGUCGUCUCCGCCGACGCCUCGGGCAGCGGCGUGGUGCUGGAGGUGGAGCCCGCCAAGGGCGGCGAGCGCACCAAGCUGGACGCGGACGUGGUGCUGGUGGCGACGGGGCGCGUGCCGUACACGGAGGGGCUGGGGCUGGAGGAGGCGGGCGUAAAGAAGGACACGGCGGGGCGCAUUGUGGUGGACGACAAGUUCCGGUCGUCCGUGCCGAGCGUGUUUGCCAUCGGGGACGCCAUCCCGGGGCCCAUGCUGGCGCACAAGGCGGAGGAGGACGGCAUCGCGUGCGUGGAGAACCUGGCGGGCAAGCACGGGCACGUCAACUACGGCACGGUACCGGGAUUAUUUACACGCACCCUGAGGUGGCCAUGGUGGGCAAGACGGAGGAGGAGGUGAAGGAGUCGGGUGUGGAGUACCGCGUGGGUAAAUUCCCCUUCAUGGCGAACAGCCGUGCGCGCACCAUCGGGGAUGCGGAGGGGCUGGUGAAGAUCAUCGCGGAGGCGGCGACGGACAAGGUGGUGGGCGUGCACAUCAUGGGGCCGAGUGCGGGCGAGCUGAUCAUGGAGUGCGUGCUCGCCAUGGAGUACGGCGCCAGCAGCGAGGACAUCGCCCGCACAUGCCACGGCCACCCCACUCUCAGUGAGGCGGUCAAGGAGGCGGCGCUCGCCACGCAUGGCAAGCCCAUCCACAUGUGAGGCGGGCAUAUGCCAACCGUCCCUGUCCCGGCAGUGAUAGCAUGGUUCCAGCUGUACCGGUACUAGGCUGGUAUUAUUCGUAACAAUACAUACCCGUUCACCUGGGCACGCCAUGUGCUAGUCAGGUCCUAAUCCAGUUCUAUCUGCUUGAAUUGCUUGUAGAUUUGUGAAGUACAGUUACCAAUCCAUC